AGUUACAAUUACCUGUGACCUAGUGUGGAGUCCUUGGAAUACGUGUAAUAACGCAGUCGGCAUUCAACCAUGAAUCCGCGUGCUUUGUCAUUGUCAACGUUGGCAAGCACUGUGACUGGAACCAAGUCCGCGUGAAGGUUUUAAAUGUACGUUAGACAGAAAAAUGUGAGAUUGGAUAGGUGUUUGUAAAGCAUUACCGGGUUUCCUGUUUACUAGACUUACAUAGUUUGCGUCAUUUAGAGUUAUCCCUGGGACAAGGACUUGCCCAGGGAAUAUUUGGGGAUCUCCCCCAAAAAGUGCGUUUCAUCGAGUCCUUGAAUUGGAUUGAGUAACAGGAUUGCUUACAAUGCAACAUUAACAACCAGUGGACGUAAUCUUUUGAGUUUAAAAAAAUCUUAGUAAUCUUGACAACCCCAUUGGCUUUCGUUGCACAGCCCCUGGUAUAUAAUUUGUAAGGCAGAGUCAAAGUUGCACAAAAUCGAGACAAGCAUUGACGAAGUCUGAAUCUCUUCACCAAGACGAUUGGCAGCAACACACAGAAGUCAAACAGCCUUUUCUCAUCCUCUCAAGGUAAGAAAGACAGCUUACACUUGGAGUGUCCCAAGCGUCUUCAAGCGUUGUCACAGAAUGCGCUUCCUCAAAGAGUUAAUCAAGGUUCCACCAACACUGUAUUCGUUUCGAUGACAAACUGUCUUGGAGUUUACUUCGUUCUCUACUGGGAACAAUAGUAUCCUCUUGUUCUCAGCCACGUACAGUAUUUGAACAAUAAAAGCAAAUCCUGCACUAAAAGCUACAAGCCUCUUCUGCCUUUUGACGCUGGCUUACCCCUUUCAUCAGCAUAAAAAUGGCAUCCUUUCACCCAAAACUGAUGACAAUGCGUCUAAUUUUGGUCUGUUUCCUAGUCGGGCAGAGGCAUGAAACAGUUGCCAACAUGGCGGUGCAUGGCAACCAAGACCACCAAGUAUACAGCGGGAGCGUGGGCCGGCAGUUCCACCUGGACAAAGACACAACUUUCACUGUGUCUGGAAAUGUCAGAGGGUCCUCGGAUUCCAAACCGGACGCGGGCUUCAAUGUGGAAUUUAAACAUGUCUGGUGACUUUACAUGUACAUGUAUAACAAUACGUUGGCCUACCACGAGAGUCCCGCCUUCGUAACCUAUGUACAUGAUAGAAAGCUUCCAAGAACCAGUCUCAACAAACAGAACGAGUGUUAAAAAUGUUGCACGUACCCCCCCCCCCCCCCCCAAAGUAUCUAUAUAUAUAUGUUGGGGUGUAAUUUUUAUAAUAUAAUAUAAUAUAUAUAUAUAUGCUUGUACAUGUAUUUGUAUCCAGAUUCUCUUUCUCUCUCGGUCGUAUUUUAGAAGAAGUGUAAGAGCAAUACAAUGUAAUGUAAUAAAGUGAUUUUUGCUGGUUUGCAAAAGUAAAAGAGAUCACAAGAUGGGUUUUUUAAAAUAUUAGUUUUAAAAUUAAACCGGAACCAAACAAACACAGAGUUUUGGUUCAAUUUCAAUAGCUUUGAAAUGUUCUCAUGUGGCACCGACUGUAAACCGCAGUGUACUCUCUGGACAAUGACUAUGACCAGCAUUAAGUAAAAGUAAAAACUCCCAAUACUGACAUUGAUUUGUGUCAAAUGAUCUCAAUUUUUUACAACAAACAAUGUAGCUCGCUCUUUCUUUUAUUUUUAUAAUGAAAAUGUGAAGGCGCCGAUCUCCCCACUUCUCAGUGUAAAUCGAUUUUGGCCAUCAUGGUUAGCGUGUCGGCACUCAGUGUCAUUAAGACGUUUACACGGAUGAGAGGCUUUAAAAAUUGGGGGGGGGGGGGGGAUUGGGGGGGGGGGGGUGUGUCAUUGUGAAGUCCUGCAUAUGGAGAUAGAGAAGGUAAGAUUUCCAUUAAAUAUCACAUUCCAUAAAACAUUUCAUUCUCUUUAAAUUAUUCAUUGUGUACUACAAUUAUAAUGUACAUUCUCUGGUAGCUGAAAUAUGUUUGCUUUUGGAAAUUUCAAAUUGUGACUUUUAUUACAGUAUUUAAAAACAACAACAAAAUAAACAAACCCAUGUCAAUGUACGACUCAGGGCACAAAAAUAUGCACAUCUACUUUUUUUCUUUUUUUUUUUAUACAAGAAAAUAAAUUCAUCUCAAAAG